AUCAAACCGUACAUUCCUAAAUCAACACGUCUUCAUUCAUUUCUAAUCAUGGCGGAGGAAGUAGCAGAAACAAUUUCGGCCACCAUUAACGCAACUUUAAACGUAACAGCUGGCAAUGAAACAGCUAGAAUUCCAGCAACUCCAGAAGGCAUGGCGCUGGCCUAUGGCAGCCUGGUCGUCAUGGCGAUAAUUCCGAUAUUUUUUGGUGCAUUUCGGUCAGUCAGAUUCCAGAAAGAACAGCGGGAGAAUGGAGAUACCCCAGAGAUCAUGUCUGACAAGGAUGCGGCAAUGUUCCCUAUCAUUGCCAGUGCCACUCUCUUCGGGAUAUACAUCGUGUUCCAGAUCUUUUCAAAGGAGUACAUCAAUCUACUUCUGACCGUUUAUUUCUUUUUCUUGGGAGUGCUUGCUCUUGCACACAUUCUCAGUCCAGUAGUGAGGAAGUUGAUACCAGACUCCAUGCCUAACGAUCCCUAUCAUCUUCUAUUUGUCAGAGGAAAGGAUGAUAAACAAGAAGAAUUGAUGAACUAUGAGUUUGACAACAAAGAUUUGGUCUGCCUUGGUGUGGGGGCAGUAUUUGGUGUUUGGUAUCUCUUGAAAAAGCACUGGAUAGCUAACAACAUAUUUGGACUAGCGUUUGCGUUGAAUGGCGUUGAAUUUCUCCAGCUAAAUACAAUCAUGACUGGUAUUAUAUUAUUAGGAGGGCUCUUCGUCUAUGAUAUCUUCUGGGUGUUUGCUACAAACGUCAUGGUAACCGUUGCCAAGUCUUUUGAGGCUCCCAUCAAAUUGGUCUUCCCACAAGACAUACUAGAGAAGGGGCUAGAGGCAAAUAACUUUGCCAUGUUGGGUCUGGGGGAUAUUGUAAUUCCAGGAAUCUUUAUUGCUCUACUGCUUCGCUUCGAUGUCAGCCGGAGAAAAGACUCCCGCGUUUAUUUCAACUCUGGUUUAACUGCCUAUCUGUUAGGUCUGAUGGCUACGAUAGCCGUUAUGCAUUGCUUCAAGCAUGCCCAACCAGCACUUCUAUACCUUGUACCCGCCUGUAUUGGCUUGCCUCUCUUCGUAGCUCUUAUCAAAGGGGAUAUUAAGGCCAUCUUCAAGUAUGAGGACAAUCCUGUUCCAAAGGAAAGCGAGACAUCAACGGAGAAAGACGGAAGCAAAGCCCCAGAGGCAAAGAAGACCAAAUGAGUAGCUCUUGCCUCCGACAGAAAUACGCAAUGCCAGAGUCCGGACUUCACAUUGCCGGAACCUGUCCCAAGAAAGUCCCUCUUCGUCGAUGUUUAGCGGGUUUUGGUCAUCUCUCUUCACCUUUCAUUUUUUCAAAUUCUUCACAACUUCUGCAACUUUUCAUGGAGUGAACUAUAUGGGUCGUACUGGCUAAUUUGCAUAGAUCUUACGUGCACAACCCCUUUUUCAUGUUUUGUUUAUAAAUUCAAUCCAUUUGUGACUAAAAGCAUAUAAUCAUGCCUUCAAGUUGAACAGGAUUCUGUGUUUGCUGGAAACCAUUCUCAUUUAAUUUUGUUUUAAAUUUGGGCAAUCCCAUAAAGUAUGUACAUCCAAGCCCUUAGUUAUAGAACUUACCAAAAGUUGUUUGUCUCUGUAUCCUUUUUUAGUUCAUAUGGAAUGUUGGAAUACUUUAAAACUAUCAGGGCUUGUGCAGUUCUUGAAGUAAAGUAAGGAUGGAGACAAAUGGGGGUUGAAAAGAAAUAUUUUAUUGGAAUUGCCCAUGUGUUAUCAGAGGCUCGGCACCACAUGUUCAUUUCUGUCUCUUUCCCUUUUCCAUCUCAGUCUCGUAUAAUAGAUGGAUCGUUUUCUUUAACUAAUAUUUGUUCCUGAAAAUCAAACACUGAUUCUGUAUAACCUAACUAAAAAUUACCUUGGUGGGGGUAUUGUGGAUAAUCGAUAAAAAGAAGGGAGGGUGGGGGGGGGGUGUUUUAGUUGAAAUACGUUUUAAACUUUUUGAAAGAGAGAGAAAACAAUUAUUAUUGUUAUCCUUGUCAGCACAUCACUUUGCCAAGUGCUUUAUCUUUACCUGAUAAUAGCUAUCAUUCCACAUCCUGGGGCCCAUUACAACAAACAAACAAAAAAAACUAAAGAUAAAUGACAGUUGUGGUAAUGAUCUUAAAAUGAGUUCGAACAGAAUCCAAUAAAAUGACCACACCCAAAUGUUUUGUCUGCAGAAAUAAAAAAAAAUGUUUGCCAAAUGGCUCUGGAAAAAAGUGUAUUUGUUGAGGAAUGAGCAAAAUAAGCACAGAAUUCCAAGCAAUAUUAAUACACUGUCCCACAUAUGCCUUUCUGUGUUUAGUGAUCAUCAGAAUUGUCGGUUUGAGCUAAAAUUUCAUGAUUUCAUAAACGGUCUACUUUAAUGUUCCAGAUCUAGGUCCAUGAUAAUAUGGUGACAAUUAAUCUUCAUUUAAAAGACCUGAAAUUAUUGUUUGCUGCAAUCAUUCUCUUUUACCUAUAAUGGUUGAUCGUCAUGACUGAUUUACAUCAAUUAUACUUGAUGAUAAUUGCAAUCAAUCUUAAUAUAUCAGUCACACAUUGGUGAAACUCUUUGUUACAGACCCCUAGGUAUCCUUGGAAUACUCUUUGCAGUUUUAUAGUAUGUUGAGUUGUGUUUGAGGAGGAAUUAGCACCAUCGACCCAAAAAAAUGUAUAUUAACUGUUAAUCUUUGACAUCAUUUGGAGUUGACAUUUUUAUCAUAAGUACCAUGAAUAGACUCAUUUGCUUUUACACAUCAAAUUUACAUUUUUGGAAGGUGAUGUGGGCUUGAAUGAUUCUCAUUAAUAUUGAUUUCUUCCUUAACUUGAAUUUAAAAGGGUCCCCUCCUGUUGUCUGACUAUGCAGUAUUCAACAAAUUAAUUUUAAGGGACUUACGGCACAUUGGAAGAAACUUGUGUUCAAGUGCAAAUCAAGCUUCAGUUGCUAGCGAUUGCAAGUGUCUUGUCACGCCCAAAUAAUUUAUCUUUCAAUUGUUGAGCUAAUGGCGUUAUGCCAGCCUCAUUGGAAUGGAAAGUCGCUGCAAAUGAGCAUCUACUGCCCUUCUGCUGCAAGUCAAAGGACAAUUUACUGCCCUUCUGCUGCAAGUCAAAGGACAAUUUGAGCAUGUGUUCCAAUUCCUUCUGUUUUGGAGGGGUUUGAGUAUUUACUUGGUGACAAACACAAAAACAAACAUUCCAUAUUAAUUGAGCAUUGACUUCCAACUGAUAAUUAAGAGAAGUAUACUGCAUAUCUAUGACCAUCCUAACUCUCCCCUCCUCUUCUAUCCCAUAUUACAAACCUACUGUGAGGUUUUUGAUGAAAGUAAUGAGGUCUAAAUUGAUUUUGGGAGUUUUACAGUGUUGGCCCUGCUUUUACAAUCAAACUCUUAAAUGUACUGAAUUCACAAAGGUAGUUUCGAUUCUGUGAUGUGAAGCCAUUAAUCCUGACCACAAAUUUAAAACCACCUUUGUGAAUAGAGUACCGAAGUGUGACGCCAUCAAUUUUCCCUUUUUGCAUGUUCCCGUUUUUUAUACCAUGUUUUGGUAGAGCAUGAUGAAAUACCUCCAUAACCCAAAUUUGGUGGGUAUCGGUCCAUAGGGGCCUUAGAUAUGACCUCAUGAAUACAUGAUUAGCCCCAUCGAAGUCAAUGUAUUUACAAUUCCCCUGGUUCCCGACAUUUAGAACCAGGCCAAUAAUACAAUGACUUCAAUGGGGCUAAUUAUAUAUUCCUUAGGUCAUAUUUAAGGCCCCCAUGGACCUAUUCACACCAAAUUUGGGUUAUGAAGGUAUUUCAUCGUGCCGUGCCGAGGUAUUGUAUAAAAACAUUGGAAAAAAAUAAAUUGUGACAUCAUCACUUCGGUACUUUAUUUUGGUCUUUAUGUAUGUAAUAAUAGAUCUUACCAAAUCUACAGUAAUGCAAUCAAUGAGUGGUGUGUCUGUCCAUCAAUGUUUUACAUCAGUGUCCGAGGUCUGUUUAAGUGUGACUUGAGGGUUGUUGCGAGAAAACAUUUGCAAUCAAUUACUUAUCUGUUUGGGGACCUCAAAUCAAUCACAUGUCUUGCAUUUAAUUGCAAUUAGUGAUAACUUGCUGAUCUGCUGCAUGCAACAAAAAGUGUAAACUGAUAUGCAAAUCGAGUUGGCAACUUGGAUUGAGCUAUCAAUUGUAAAAUUGGAACAGUAAUUUGCAAUUGAUUACAACUAUUUUCUUGUGCACAUCACUCCGUUGAGACAAUCUAAUACGCAAAUCUCACAGGUAAAUUAAAGAGUUUGAAUAUCAAAUAUCUUUUCCACCCCAUUGAUUUUGUAUGAAUUAUUUUCAUGUGAUGUGUUUUUACCAAUAAAAAACAAAACAUUUUGAGAUCAAAAUAACCAGUGAGCCCAGCUAGCUCAACCCUAGACCAUAAGCUUCGGUCUCUGUUACAUUGGUUGUUCCGCUGAACUCCUGUUGGCUCCACUCACUAUUUACAGAAAAAAAGUUUUAAAAUGUUUUAAAACUCCUCGAAACGGACGGGUGUCAGCUGUCUUGCUCGACCCUUGCGACAAUGAAAGUCGUGUAAUUAUUUCUGGUUUUUGUCUGAUGAGUCUUCGUCACCGACAGAUUUGUUGUGACCAAUCAGAUGCAAGGACUUCAGUAGCUUAUAACAAAUAAUCUGUGAAAAAAAUCACUGUUACAUGAAAUACUCCUCCGACAACACUUGUGCGGUACGCCAAUCAAUGAGAUUUUGCAAUAAAUAUUUGAAGAGUGUCGGCACUUACGCAUCAUAUCUAAUUCCUUAACUGUGAAACCUCCCCCCAUAUAGUGGUGGAGGUUGGGGAAGUGAUUUUAGUAAGUUAUUAUUUUUAAUACUGUAUUUACCCAAGAAGAGAGCAUGUGUUUAAUUUGGCCUGAUGGGAUACUGAAUUUAACGAACCAGUGGUUUAAAUGAUUUUGGUGUUUUGGCAGAUAAGUUUAUGCAUAUCAUGCGGUCACAAUUUUAAUGGAUUCGUGGUAAAUAUGUAUAUUUAUUGUCGUACGGUAGGUUUUUAAUUCAUUCUUGUUUCCUUACGAUGGGUUUUAACCAGAAAUGAUUGCAUUACGAUUGAUCUUGGUUUUUAUGUUGCAUUCUGUCACUUCUGAAUUUUAUGGUGCCUCAAACUCACGAAUUCCAUCUGUUUUACUGUGAAUAAUUUCAUUUGUGUUUUGCUUGAAUGUUCGAUAACAAAUAUUUAUUAUGGUAAAACUUAUUCUUGUCUAAAGCAUGUCAGAUAAAACAAAGAAAGUCUCAAGCAUA